GGAAAAGAAAGUGGAGAGCAGAAGGGUGGUUAAAGGCCUAAUGGUGGAGGGGAGCUGAGGCACAGAGAUGGCCAUGAGGACAGAGAGAAAGAGAGAGAGAGAGGGGGAGAGUUUGGAGAGCAGCCGGGGACGGCCCAUGGUGGAUGAUGGGCGGAGCAGUAAGCAUGCGCUGAGCUGGCAGACUCUGGGCUGGUCCUGACGGGCUGGCUGGCUGGGCUCCGGACGGCUGUCUGUGCGCCUCAGACGGUCGUGGGGGAGACUACCAUCAACGCUCAGCGCCUCCCGGAGCGCUCAGAGGGGGGGAGAAAGACGCCGGAGAGACACGGGGGAUAACUGCGAGGAGAAAAAUCACAAAGCAAACAGCUCCACCUCGGCAUCUGGAGAAAAACGCACCGAGGAAGAAGAAAGAGACGAUCCUCCUCCCUUUACCCCCACACCCCGUCGUCAACCCGCCCUAUCCACCCUGCUCCGUGUGCCAUCCCUGUGGUCUGCGCUGCGGGAGAACCAGGGGCACCCAUAGGAAUCCCCCCCACUCUGACCAGCGUUGCCAUUAAGCGAUGCGCAUUGAAUUUAGGAGGAGAUCACCUCUGCGCCUUUGAUUCAACCACAGCUCUUGGUUUUUCCACAGUGGGAACAGUUCAGACUCCGGAUCUGGGUGUUUACACUUUUUGACGGCUUUCCAGUGGAAUGAUAACAUGCAGCAUAGAUCACCCCACGGUUACGCACAAGGCUGUCACUCCAUAGAUUAGUCUUUAUUCACCCAACCAGCUGUCACAUAAACUGCGUUUGAGCCUUUUUCCCCAUGGUUAGAAAUAAUCCUGACAAUGGUCUGGGAACGGACCGCCUCUCCAGACACCUGGUAAUAUCUUCUCAAGACGUGACACAUCGACAUUUCGUCUAAAACAGUGAAACAUUGACGAGGAGUCACUUGACGCCGACGCCUGUUUGAGCCACGGGACUUUGCGUGCGAAGUUUGCCCCGGGAAGAGGCAGACCAAGUCGGGGAUAUCUCGGCUGUAUCCGCGGCAUUUCCCCCCCGCAAGGUGGGAGGUCGGAAACUUGCCGUUAUGCUGUCCCUGGAUGAGCCCCUGGACCUCAAGCUCCCUCGGCGGGCCAGUGGGCGGGACAGAGGGGCGCACUCGCCCCUCCUUUCCCCACUGCACCCCAAGCGAGCUCGCCAGCUACGCAUGGCGGACGAUGGGACUGCAGUCAUAGAGCCGGCCUCGCCAGCUUCUCCGCGCACAGGUGUGCAGGUGGUCCCUCAUGAUCGAACAGACACCCCCACCCCCCCUGCGGUGGACCUGAGCAUGUCUCCCUCCUCCCGCCACACCCCCAGCUCUCCAGAAAUGACCAAUGGCAACUAUGUCCCCUCAGGGAAUUCUCACAUCUCACAGGCCUUUCAGUUUUUCGUGCCAAUCGGAGCCGGGGCAGGACUUCACCUGCCGUCUUCCAUGUUCAUUGGCCAGACGAGUGACAAGCGAGCAUCUCCUGACCUGUCAGCGGAUGAACAACUGGCCUGCCAUUGGAGGAAGUGCCAUCUGCUCUUUGACUCCCUACAAGACCUGGUGGACCAUGUCAAUGACUUCCAUGUCAAGCCUGAGAAGGAUUCUGGGUACUGCUGCCACUGGGAGGGCUGUGCUCGCAAGGGCAGGGGGUUCAAUGCCAGGUACAAGAUGCUCAUCCACAUCCGCACUCACACCAAUGAGAAACCCCACCGCUGUCCCACCUGCAACAAGAGCUUCUCACGUCUGGAGAACCUCAAGAUACACAAUCGCUCACACACAGGUGAAAAGCCCUACAUUUGUCCUUAUGAGGGUUGCAACAAGCGUUACUCCAACUCCAGCGAUCGCUUCAAACACACGCGCACACACUACGUGGACAAGCCUUACUACUGCAAGAUGGUGGGCUGCCUGAAGCGCUACACAGACCCCAGCUCUCUCCGCAAGCACAUCAAAGCCCACGGUCACUUUGUGGCUCAGGAGCAGGGCUCCCCGGGUGGGGUGGGCUCCCUGCUGAAGGGUAGUCACAGUGGAGGGCUUGGGGUUGGAGGGGGUAAGGAUUCAGAGCUGUCCUACGUUAGCGGAGCCCACAUCAUCAUCCCAGGGGCGGCGGCUGCUCUUCUGGGAGGCCACGCUCUGCAGGGCCUGAGUGGCGCAGUGCCCCUGUCUCCCCUCAGUCCUCGUCCCCUGGACCUCAGCUCGCUGGGUUGCCCCAACUCGCCUCCAGGCAGCCUUGGAGGCACGUCCAUCCUGUCCUUCAAUGGCUCACCGCUGGGAUUGGCCAAGUCCCCCCUGCUCUCCACGGCAUUCUCCUCUUCGGCCCUGGGCCUGCCAAUGGUGCCCAUGCUAGGGCCUGCGUCUGAGCGGAGGGCCCAGAGUCAGGUCAAGAAGAACCAGGGGGAGGAGGCUGACAACGUGGUGACUGGAGGCGUCCUGAACCUCUCCACAGGAGGGUCUCAUGAUCCGCUGUCCUGGGUGGUCAUCCCUCCAGGCACCGUGGUGCUCAAGCCAGCUGUGGUCAACUGACACACACACACACACACACACACACACACACACACACACACACACACACACACAUUCCAGAAGAGCUCAGGGGGUUGGGAUGGGAGGGUGAAAGCCAUUAUGAGGGUACGGGCGGUCAAUGGGGAUAGGGAUUGACUCGCACAAUCAAAUCCAGGCAAUGCAUUUCAGAGCGUGUGUGGAAACGGACAAAAAUAUUGAGAAACCUAUCAAAACUUCAAUCAAGAAAACAAUAGAUAACACUACACCUCACAAGAAUCACCAAUACAACGCAAGCCUCUUUUAUUGUUGGGAAACCAAGGGGCCCAAGAACUCUUUUCAGGAAUAUGUAUGGUUUGGCUCCUUGUUGCUUGUUUUAUACUCUAUUCAUUCCUGUUUGCUGGUUCUGACGACAGGGACCAUGAACUUAGUGCUUAGUGUCUUAGUGCUCUGUGUUCUUACAAAAGCCCUGAUACAUUCUUAAGUAUUUAUAUGACUGUACUUCAGUGACAGUGUGCCUCCAGCUUAGCAGUGGAAUAGAUACACCAUGAAACUGAAUGACGCACUCACAGUUGGGCAAAGUUUCACAUAAAAGGAAGAUGAUUUUUUAAAGUUAUGACCUAUUUUUCACAGGCCGCUGUGAUUAAUACGAUUCAGACAAGCUUGCCACGCCAAAGCAAGUGAACUCAAAACUGUUUUGGAAUUCGCGCAGGAGACGGCUACCGCUUCAGCUCCGAGACAGUUCGUUUCAACAAAGCACUUAAUAGCGUCAGCUGGUUAUAGUAUUGAAACCUCAAAACUGCUGCUAACUUCUCAGCCUCCCCCGGUGUAACAUAAACUGGGGGAGAGCACUUUUUGACAAUCUGUCCCCAGCUCGGGGAGGGUGACCGACAUGGACCAGCCUAGUCCACCAGAGUCUGUGCCAGGCAGGUCGACUAGGGGCUUUUACUUUUAGGACACAGAGCGAUCUGAGGACUUAACACAGACAAAUGGUGUUACAUCACCUGGCAAUCACCAAUUCCUCUUUUUACACAAAUUCAAGUGCUGGUGCAUCUGGCUCCCCCCUCUGGUUGACCACGAUACACAUCCUGCUCACCGUUUACAGAACCUGUUUUGCUCCUGGAUUGUCCAGAUGCUUUCCCGUAAUUCAGUCGACACAGCCAGUCUGCGCAUGAAAGGGCCACUGUGGUGAUAGACACUAGUGUCUUGUGUUUUUCAAAAAGUGACCCGACCCAAAACCAGCUGUGAAAAGCAGGCAGUCGUCCAAAUCCAAGUCCAACUUAGCCUUGACGGCAGAGGUUUUGUCCCAAGUUCAACAACUCUCACACUGUGCCAAAAAUACCAGGAGAGGGUAAAGUGGGAUGUGCAUAUUGUGCCACAGAGGGGGGUGUGAUGCACUCAAUGCCACAAACAGCUGGACUGACUGGGAAGCCACACUAUUGCAAACUGCCUCAUUUUACUCUGUCCAAAAAAAGACUAAUUUGACUUCUGAGAAAACGUUUCUCUCGGUUCGAUUAAGCAGGCAACACUUACCACAAACUAUAUUCCCCACAUGUUUUAAGAAGUGUGACUGCAAAGUCAUGGUUCUUUCAAAGCUAGUUUGCUCUUGUUUUUAUUUUUCUGCAUGGGUCAGUUUUGCUGUGGGGAUCCUCCAGGCUUGUUGUCGCUCAGUGCUGAUGCAUGUACAGUGUUGACUGUUGUCUCCACAGAGGAGAGGUAAGGGGAGCAGGAGAGGAUCAACACAAGGAACAUUCCCUCAAGAGACUGAAUCACUCACUUCUCCUCUCCGUUUUCACUCCAUCUCUCCUCUCCCCAGAUGUCGGCGGUCUUACUUUUCCAUCAUUAGACACUAGUUAAUGCUGUUUUGUAUUUUUGUCAUAAUUUUUUGAUUUUGCUGUUGUUCAGACGAAACAUUUUUCUGAUGUUGAAGUUGCUUAUUGUGUUCUGCGACGGCUGCUCUGCAAUCUGCUGCCGAGGGCGAGUCAUUUUAGGGGGUGAAGAGAAGAAGAGAGGGAGAGGUUCAGGUGGUCUUCCAGGGCAGUGCUUCCCAACCUGGGGGCUCGUAGAAACAUUCAGUUUUCUCUGUUACAUCUUUUUAGUGAAAUACUGAAUUAAGUUAUCGAUACCCAUUUGUAAAAUCCUUAAAUUAUCAAUCAAAUCAAAUCACAGUAUGUCAACAAUAUGUGUAAAUUUAGGCCAUGAACUGGGUCACACUUUCAGAUUAUACUGUUUUGGAUUAAAGGGUCACAAGCUGGAAAAGGAUGGAAAUCAUCAUUCUAGGGAGGUAAACACAGUGAACCUAAUGACCUCAAACUCCUCCAUGACAAUCAUGAUGAUUCUAUCCCAGAUGGGACAUGGGCAUCAAAUAUUUCUCUAUUAAGUGUCCAGACACCAAACUCUUGUCCUGACUUUUAAUUUCCACAGUCACACGCAGAGUGAAUGCCAUGCGUCUGUGAAAUGGCGGGCGUCGCUGUGAGAGAGCUGUGAGCAAAGAGAGAAAGGAUUGGCUGAAUGAAUAAAUGAAUGGACAGGGGAUGGGGAGAGAUGAGGGGAGGGAGAGGCUCUGUGCCAGCAGAGGAAAAGAGGCAGAGGAGAGUUGCGCUGAGCAGCCGCCCUCCAUCUGGCCACCUACCCAGCAAACGGCCCUCUCGGCUCUGAAGUCACUGGCUGUGCUGUGUCCAAUGUGGCAGCCACUCACAGGCAUACCAGCCUGCAAAAACUAGGCCACUGAACUCUGUCUGCCCUCUGGGUGUUUUCUUUUUUUAUAGAUUAAACCCGAAAGGCUCAGCUCCCCCACCUCCCGGCCACAAACGUUUUUUUCUUUUUCCAGAGAUGCAUUCCAGGCAAACUAACAAGCUGCAUUCACAGUAAACAAAAGCAAAUAUAUUCCUCCUCCCCGCCUGAGGAUGAGCUCUGUAUCCAGCUGCCCACAGGUCGACGAGUAUUCACCACAGAGAUGAACUGCAUACCUGAGCUUCUGCCUCAGUAAUUCUUAGUCAUCAUUAUCUCAGAUGCACCCCCCCCCACACACACCUCAGCGGCCUGUCUCUGGGUUCAGUCUGGGUAUUGAAGUGAAUCUCUCGUUGUGAGUGGACAAUCCUGGCAUGUGAUGUCAUCAAAAACAGGUGUUAAGUAGGCUAGACAUGGUUUCCGUGGCAACAGUGAAACCCACAGAUGAGGCUCUCCUCCUCCUCCUCCUCCUCCGUUUGUCUGCUUCUCCUCUGCUGGUGGAAACCAGGCACAGGGACUCAGCACGGCGGCAGAACGCUGAAUUAUAACGACACGGAUCCUUCCGGGGUCCACAACUUUUCCAUAUUAAAUAAGCUGUAUGAUCCAUUAACCCUUUGAGCUCAGUCUGUAACAAACUGCACUUUUGCACCCCUCGUAAUGUGCGUAGAUACGGGGACGCUGCCGCAUCCCUUCUCGUUGCAGAGCGUUAUUCAUCAGUCGAUUUGAGAACCAAGAAUAAUUGUAAGACUCCUCAGUUGUUGAAUUUUAAGUCUUUUAUAAAGCGGUACGUGCUCCUCGACAUUUUAAAGUAACCCUUGCUUAAUGCUAUGAAAAUGGAACUGAAAUCAAGGGCACAGAAAUUGUUAGUUAGCCUGGUCGGUGUCAUUGUAAAGGGGUGCCAUUGACAGAAGUGCCACAGUGUUGCACAAAGGGUUAAUGUUAAAACUAAGGCCACGCAAGGCCUGUUUGUUCCAAGUUAUGUUUUUUGCACAUCUGUGAGAUAUUAUGUCAGUAUUUGAAUUUUUCCAAGUGCCUUUUUAUCAU